UGCGUUUCUGCUGCAUUCGCUAACUCGCCGGCAAGUGGAAUUCUUAUUACUAUUAUUGUUUUUGCAAAAUGCGUUGGCUUUAUGCCUGUUUUGUAAUCUUAUUGUGUGCGUUGAUCUUUUGCGAAUACGUUGCCGACUUUGUGGUAUUACAAAAGUGCAAAUGGCCCGAGAUACGACGCAAAAAAUAUGUGGACGAUCCGUUAAGGGCUAUGAUUAUUGCCGAUCCGCAUUUGUUGGGACCACAUCGCGGACACUGGUUGGACAAGCUGUAUCGUGAAUGGCACAUGACACGUUCUUUCCAGGCAGCAUCUCGUUUGCUCCAGCCCGAUGUGGUCUUCGUGCUGGGCGAUCUGUUUGACGAGGGUGACAUGGUCAGUGAUAAGCAAUUCCAGGAGUACGUUUGGCGUUAUCUGCAGAUGUUUAAUCUGCCUGCUGGCAUUCCGCUUAUCAGUGUGGUUGGCAAUCACGAUGUUGGCUUCCACUACAAAAUGCAUCCGUUUUUCAUGUCACGUUUCGAGAACUAUCUAAACUACUCCAAGGUUCAUCUUUACACCAUCAAGCAAAUACAUUUUGUGGUUGUCAACUCUAUGGCCAUGGAGGGCGAUGGCUGCUUGUUCUGCGCGGAAGCGGAGUCCGCACUCAAGAAUAUAUCAAGAACACUGCACUGCAUGCAACAUCCUCAUGAGGCGGAAUGUGCACGGACUCGUCGUCAUCCUUACAGUCAGCCCAUAGUCAUGCAACACUUCCCCACUUAUCGCAUAUCAGACCGGGUUUGUCGAGAACACGAUGCACCCCAUAUUGAGACAUUCCGCGAACGCUAUCAUGUGCUAUCCAAAGAUGCCACUGAUAUGCUGGGCGAGCUUUUGAAGCCACGUCUGGCGUUUGCCGGGCAUUCUCAUUAUUAUUGCCAUAACAUCAAUCGGUUGGGCAUCGAUGAGUAUACGGUAGCAUCGUUUAGCUGGCGCAACAAUGUCAAUCCCAGUUUCAUGCUGGCCACCAUUACGCCGGAUGAUUAUGCGGUAUUCAAAUGCAAAAUGCUGCCACAGCAGUUUGUCUUUAAUAGCUAUGUGAGUGCUGCAGUGGCCUGCCUAGUGUUAAUUGCAUUCCAGCUGCGAAAGUAUUUUGUGCGACGACGUCCAGCGACGGGAGCGGAGAAGAAGCACCACUAAGUGUAAUUAUAUGAGUACGAAGUAUUCAAAGUAUUUUUGUGAUUCACGGCCAAAUUAGGGGCUAACAUUUUAGGUAGCAUAAUGCUAGGAUUGCUCACACUCAUAAAAACAUUUAUCACAUUUUUGCGGCAUAUCAAUUAACAAUUAACAAACGCAACAGCCAUUUGCUGAUAUAUAGUACAUAGAAAUAUGUAUGUAUAUUUAUGAAUACUUUUAUCACAGACAUAAUGCUUGCUAAGUCCACACGGAAUAUACACACAUCGGGAGUCUGCCGACAAACAAAACAAAAAUGCCAAAGAAAUUAUACAAAUGAACUGGAUGCAAAGGAAACACAAAUUAGGAUUCAAAACUAAAUAUAAACAUGAUGUACAUACAUUAUGAAUGUGAAACUAAACAAAAAAAGGAUAUGCAGAUUCAUAGAUUCCUGUACCUUGUUACAAUGUGCGCGCCAAUUUUUUGUUCUUGCAAAAUCAAACUGCAAUUUGUACUACUAGACUAAAGAUAAAUUAAGCUACAACUACACUUAUAACUACACUCGAUAAUAGGAAUAUAAUAUUUUGGCUAACUACUUGCUCUUCUUUUUUGUGUGGAAGUGAGGCGUAUUGUCUAUGAUUGACCAUUCAGCAGGUUCGUUUGCGCCUGCGCAUGAUGAUUGCGUCCCACGAAGCAUUCCUUUGGCAAACAUCUAUGCAAUACUGGCGAUAUCAGAUCCGGAUCCAGUGAUUUCAGCUCUGUGGGUUUUGUGAACAGCGAGACAAUGGCACCAACCACAAUAACUGUAGCAACACCAAUGGGAUUGAUCCAAUGAUAUGAUAGUCGAUACAAUGGAAACACUUGCUCCUCAUCCACCCAAACGCUGUCGGGCAAUGUGACAUUCGCUGCACAGCUCUCCACGGACACUGGCAACUUCUGCGAAUUAAGUCCACCCGCUGCUAUGGUGAUUUGUGUGCCAAAUGAUAUCCAGCCCGCGAGCAAAGCGCCAGCAAUACCCCCUACUGCUGUCCCGAUAUUGUUGGCCCAUGGCACCAGCAUACCCAGCGUAAACAGACCAAACGUGGUGCCCGCAGCAAUGGCCGUCAUGGAGGUGCAGAUGCUCAGAAUGCCGCUCAACUGCUCGAGCACCAGGACCAGCGAGAGCGCCACCACGCCCAGCACAAUGAUGGACGUCUUGACAAGCACCGUGGAGGCGCGCUCGCUCGGCCGCAUCUUGAAGCAGCCGCGCACAAUAUCCUCCAGAAUGACCAGCGAUGUGGAGUUCAGCACCACGGAUAAUGAGCUCAACGCGGCGCCAAAGAUGCCUGCAAUAAAGAGACCAGCGAUGCCAGGAAUAUGCCCCACACUCUGCACCACAUACAAUGGCAACAGCUGAUCGUCGUGAGUGAUGAGGCCCGCGCUCAAUGGGUCACAAUCCUGAUACAUCUCAAAGAUGAGCAGUCCCACAUAGCAGCAAACCGA